AGCGGCGAGUUAGUGAGCUGAGUGAGCGGAGAGCGGAGAGAGCAUCUGUCAUGGCCGACGCUCGGUUGGCGAGCGUAGUUACGGUCGGAUCGUAUCAGCGUGCGGUGGUAUACGGCACUACGACAGUGCUCCAAGGAGAGUGACUGAGGGGUGGUGAGACCAGGAGCGACGCGAGACACAAUAAUGGAUGAUAAUGGGCAGACGAGCGGGUACCGAUGCGAGGAUAGACGCUACCACUAGCGAGCUCGAGGUGCUCGUCGUCGUGUCGAAAGAGGAGGUGGAGGAGGAGGAGGAGGAGGAGGAGGAAGAGGAGGAGGAGGAGGUGCUGCGAGAGGCGAGCUUAUGCGACGGGAGGUCCGCGAUGACGAUGAUGAUGGAGUCGCGGCAUCCGCGUAGGGCCCGCUUGCGCCGCUUCGUCGGGAUAUGCCUGUUUCUAGCGUUGACCGGGAUCGUCUACCUGGGCUACUUUUGUCCGGAUCAUGUGUGCGCCCUGACCAAUCGCGAGAUCAAAGAAUCUAUCAGGGUAUCCGAGAGCCUGUCCGCCCCCGUUGGCUCCGCCGCAUUGUCUUCCGUGUCCAUCGAGUUUGAUAAAAACGGCUUGCUCUCGGUGCAUCCCGCCUUCAAGCUGCAGAGCAUCCAGGGCAGUUUGGGCUACGAUGAUGUUUUCGCCAAUGACACGUUCCAGUUUGAUAUUAAUGCUCACGAUGUCAUGGUUUUUUUGCACAUACAAAAAACUGGUGGGACAUUAUUUGGAAAACAUCUGGUACGAGACCUAGAGUUACAAAGACCGUGUUCGUGUCAACGACGACGAAAGCGUUGCUUCUGUUUCCGUCCAAAUCGUAACGAAAAUUGGUUAUUUUCGCGAUAUUCAACCGGUUGGAAAUGCGGUCUACACGCGGAUUGGACCGAAUUAACGAAUUGUGUAGAUACAGAGCUCAAUAAAAUCGAAGGGGAAGGCAUCAAACGUCGUUACUUUUACCUAACUAUCAUAAGAGAUCCCGUUGCGAGAUAUCUCUCCGAAUUCAAGCAUGUGCAAAGGGGUGCUACGUGGAGAGGUGCUCGUCAUUGGUGCGGAGGUACUCAAGCAAAUAUACCCCAAUGUUACAAUGGCUCCAGUUGGAAAAAUGUCACUUUAGAACAGUUUAUGGCGUGUCCCUAUAAUUUGGCGAGUAAUCGUCAAACUAGAAUGCUAGCAGAUUUGUCAAUAGUUGGCUGUUAUAAUUCUACUCUUAGCAGUGCUGACAGAGAUCGUUUAAUGUUGGCCAGUGCAAAGCACAAUUUGCAGUACAUGCCUUUCUUCAUGUUGACUGAGUAUCAGAAGGUGGGACAGUAUACCUUUGAGGAAACGUUUAAGAUGCGAUUUGCAGUUGCCUUUGAACAGCAUAAUGCUACACUUAGCGCAGCUACUAUGGCAACCCUUAGCGCGGACCAAUUGGACACUGUACGUAGGCUCAACAGUCUGGACUUGGAACUCUACGAAUUUGCAAAGAAUCUCGCCUUUCAAAGAUUUAAACGGCUUAGAGAUCGUGAUCCACAUUUCGUACAACGAUUUCAACAUCUUGGUGAAUUACCAUCAAGGCAAAGUGUCACAGAAUUUAAUUGGGAUUCCGCCAUUGAAGAUACUACAGAGUGAUAUGUAAGUAUGUUAUCUCUAUCAACGCCAAACAUUACGCUGGAUCUGAGUAUCUUAGGGAAAUGCUUUUGAAACAAAAUGGUUUAUGUAUAAAUCACCUAGCUAUUUGCAUAAAAUUUACCAAAAGCACGGAAAUGUACUUGGACGAGACCAAAGAGAAAUCCGAGAACCUUGUGAUGAACCUGGCUAUUCUAUCAGCAACUAAAAGUAAAAGUUGCAAUGUGUAACGUUCACAAAAAUUUUCUAUGAUUCAUAAAAUACUUGUAGACUUUAUGAAGAUUCUUCCACAUAUAAGUAACACAUAUCUUUGCUUAUAAU